AUGCAGUCCUAUUUGCAGUAUCGACGACUGGGAAAUGUUGUUCGCUCGCAGCUGGAAAACGCCUCGCCUGUGAAGGAGGCUCCUACUCCCACUGAUUCAGAGAUAGACCCUGCGGCGAAUCCAGAUCAAAUCAGUCAACAUGACCUUGCACCGCGUCAAAGCCCCCUGGCACGACGCGCUUCUUGGGGUUCUAGCAGAACCGCUUUAGCUUUUUCCAUUGCCGGAAUCGACGUUAAGAAGCAAUCCGAGUCUGCGGAUCAGCCUGCUCACCUCUUUAUUGUUGGCUGGGAUGGUCCUAAUGAUCCCCAAAACCCGCUGAACUACAGCUUCGCGUCCAAGUUGACAGCGACGCUACUGGUUUCUGCGCUAGGAUGGAUUGUUGGCGCGGCAUCAUCUAUCAACUCGGGUGUUUUGACUCAAAACACAGAGGCAUUUCACGUUAGUGAAGUCGUGGGUUCCCUGGUGACUGGCCUUUAUCUACUCGGGUUUGCGGCUGGCUCUUUAGUUAGUGGACCGCUCUCCGAGAUUCUUGGUCGAAAUGCCGUGUACGCGGGCUCUUUGACCCUUUUCAUGAUUUUCGUCAUGGGCUCCGCUCUGGCACCUAAUAUCGGUGCCCAACUCGCCUUUCGAUUUCUGGCAGGCAUUUUUGGGUGUCCGCCUUUGACUUGCGCCGGUGGCACCAUCGCCGAUCUAUGGAAUCCGUUGGAAAAAACAAUCCAUUUCCCUCUGUACGCCGUGCUCUCCUUCGGUGGCCCUGUGCUCGGUCCAGCCGUUGCUUCGUACAUAGGACAGACGGGCGUUCUGUCCUGGCGCUGGACAUCUUGGAUUAUUCUCAUCGGAUCCGGUGCUAUCUUUGUUCUGAUCAUCCUCUUCCAACCGGAAACUUAUUCCCCACUUCUCCUGAAAUGGAAGGGCAAGCACCUGCGUAAGAUGACAGGAGACCCACGUUUCCGCUCGGAAAUGGAUAUGGAGAAGAUCGCGCUAUUUAGCCGUAUCGGCGGUGCCAUGGAGCGCCAGUUCCUGAUCACCAUCCACGAACCCAUCAUCUUGCUGAUCUCUCUAUACAUGACUGUGCUGUAUAUUGUGCUGUUCACUUUCUUCGACGGAUACUCUUAUAUUUUCUCCGACGUGCACGGCUUAUCCCAGGGACUGACUAACAUCGUCUGGGUGGCCAUGUACGUUGGGAUCUUGUUGUCCGGACUUCUACUCCCAUUCAUCUACAGAGGUACCAAGAAGGAAUUUACGCAGGCUGCCCAAGCUGUGAAUGGCUCCGACCCAUCCGUCGACCCCCGUGCUCUUGAUGGCGUGCACACCCAGCCCGAGAUCCGGCUUUGGUUCGCCAUGGUCGGCGCUCCAUUCAUCCCUAUCAGUUUGUUUUGGAUGGGCUGGACUGAUUUCCCAUCUAUUUCUGUCUGGUCCCCUAUCGUAGCAUCAUCUGCCUUCGGAUUUGGUACCAUCUGCGUCUUCAUCAGUUCUUACAUGUACGUGAUUGACUCGUACGGUAUGUACGCAGCUUCGGCGCUGGGCUUUAUGACAGUCUCGCGCUAUUGUGCUGCUGGAGGAAUGACUAUCGUUGGAAUUCCGUUCUAUAAGAACAUGGGCGUUCACUGGACGCUCACCAUUCUCGGCUGCAUUAGCGCUCUCAUGGUUCCAGUGCCAUAUGUAUUCUACAAAUUUGGACCUGUUAUUCGCAGGUGGAGUCGGUAUGCCAUGACCGAGGAGGUCAAAGUUUGA